AUGGCAGAGAAUCCUGUGAAAAUGGUAAACGAAAAUGAUUUGAAAGAAUUGAAAGAAAUGAUGAAAAUGAUCGUCGAUGCUGAUCCUGAUCAGUAUCACAACGAGUUUUCGCUGAAAAGAUAUUUGAGAGCCUUCAAAACUGUCGACGAAGCUUUUAAGGCAAUUUUGAAAACGAACAAAUGGCGAAUCGAUUACCAAGUGAAUUCGUUGAAAAUCGAUUCACCGGAAAUCGAUAGAAAUCUAAAAUCGAACAAGGCGAAAGUUUUGAGGCACAGAGAUAUGACAGGAAGACCUGUCAUUUACAUACCAGCCAAAAAUCACAAUGCGAAUAAUCGAGAUAUCGAUGAAUUGACCAAAUUUAUCGUCUAUUGUUUGGAAGACGCCUGCAAAAGAUGUUUCGAGGAAGUAAUCGACAACCUUUGCAUCGUAUUCGAUUUGAAAGAUUUCGGCAUGGCCUGCAUGGAUUAUCAAUUGAUAAAAAAUCUGAUAUGGCUUUUGUCGAGACAUUACCCAGAAAGAUUGGGCGUUUGUUUGAUCAUAAACUCGCCUGCUUUGUUUUCCGGUUGUUGGGCCGUCAUCAAAGGAUGGCUUGACGAAAAUACGACGAGCAAAGUGAAAUUUGUUUCGUCAGAAGAAGAAUUGUGUAAAUAUUUAAUUCCCGACAUUCUACCGACAGAUGUGUAA